CACUCCAUCUUAUUCUAAGCUUGUGGUUGCACUAAAAGAGUUUUGACUAUGGCAGCUACGAGAGCUUCCGCUGUAGCAUUGCUGUUGUUCUCAUUGUCACUGGCAAUGGUCGCCACUGAGAGCCGGCCUGCCCGGAAAGACCUCGGCCUCGCCCUGGGUGGCGGCCUGGGCCUCGGUCUCGACCUCGGGCUAGGUGGUGGAGGCUCGGCCUCCGGCUCAGGCUCGGGUUCCGCCUCCGCCUCCGGGUCUGGCUCUGCUUCGGGUUCGGGUUCUGGUUCCUACGCCGGGUCGUACGCGGGCUCGUACGCUGGUUCGGGCGGUUCAGGCGCAGGCUCUUCGGCUGGUUCUGGUGCGGGGUCCGGUGCCGGCCAAGGAGGCGGGCGUGGCGGGGGCUCGGCGUCUGGCUACGGCGAGGGCCAUGGCUACGGUGAGGGCCAUGGAAACGGGUCCGGGUCGGGUUAUGGCGAAGGCUAUGGAUAUGGAUCCGGAUCCGGUGAUGGGCGUCACUGAUGACGUUAAGUAGUCAGUCUGAGUCGAUGCGGCUCGUUCGAUAGUGGACGAAUAAGGAGGGAGGUUGUGGCUUAGGUUGUUACGGAGGUCGUAUCUUUCUUUGUUCUGUUGUUCUAUUGGUCUCGUUCGAAGUUGUUUCCAUGCACUUUGUCAACAAGAUGGGGUGUUUCGCUUUCUCA